AUGAAUACUAUUCACAUUCCAGCUCAUCAGAGACCUUCACCAUCAAGUCUGCAUCAGCCUCAUCCAAAAAGUGCUCAGGAAGCACCAGACAUGGCGGUAUACUGUGAAAACUUCAGCAUGUAUGCUCAGCAGAACAUACAGUCAUCCCAGAGAGCUGCUAACUAUGGAAUAGGGGAUUAUGCUCCUCCAACUAGCCCUUAUUUAUGGCUUGGUGGCCCUGCUGUCAACAACUCCUCCAGCUACCUACAUGGGAACAGCCCUGCACCAUACAUUCCUCCAUCCUAUGGAAACCAAAGGCAGUUCCUGCCCAAUUCUACUGGUUAUACUGGUACUGACCUCGGAUGGUUAUCUGUUGCAUCCCAAGAAGAGCUUCUGAAACUGGUGAGGCCUCCUUACUCCUAUUCUGCUCUUAUCGCUAUGGCUAUCCAGAAUGUCCCAGAGAAGAAAUUGACUCUUAAUCAGAUUUACCAGUAUGUGGCUGACAAUUUUCCAUUCUACAAGAAAAGCAAAGCCGGCUGGCAGAAUUCGAUCCGUCACAACCUCUCGCUGAAUGAUUGUUUUAAAAAGAUUGCAAGAGAUGAGAAUGAUCCAGGUAAAGGAAACUACUGGACUCUGGAUCCUAACUGUGAGAAGAUGUUUGACAAUGGUAAUUUCCGCAGGAAAAGAAAGAGCCGAUCAGAAUCCAACAGUGUCAAAUCUGCUAAGGUUACUGAAGAUCAUGUAACCCCAGGUGGAAAGGGAAAUGAAAGUCCAAGCCCAGUGACAUCAACAUCUUCAGAUAUAGAAGACACUUCAGUAGAUGUGAAGAGAGAAACAUCCACUCCACCAACAACACCCUAUACACCUUGUCUUAACAACUUCUUUGGUACCAUGACAACGGUUGAGACUAAUGCAAUGAACAGGCAGAUGUCUCUAGGACUGGCAAAUGAGCUGUCCCAAAGAAACAUUACAGGACUUAACAGUUUCACCUCCAGCUCUGCGGCACAGCCAUCUGCAGAUAUGCAAGACAGCAGUUUUUAUUUCACCAGGGGCCCAUACUACAAUGCCUUCUCUGGAAGCAAUCCUAAACAAUCUAUUCCACAGUCAUUUUUGCAACAACUUCAGUCUCAACCAACUCCUCUGUUCCAGGGCAAGUACUGA